AUGCAGACAGAAAACCUGCUGACGCUCAUAGAGGUCGCUUCAAUAGCAAAUAAGGUAGCUCUGGUGAUUGUUGGUCAGCAAUUCGAUCAGCGAGACAUUGUGCUGCAGAGCCACGAUAACAAACUGCGGCGCAUCAGCGAGAUUCACCGGUUGUACGACGCAUUGCAGUACCCGCUCCUGUUUUGCCGUGGCGAGGAUGGAUACUCGAUUACCAUUCCACAGCGCGACCCUCAGACUAAGUUGCCACUUAAGAAUUUAGUUUCCGCAGCGAGCUUCUACUCAUAUCGAAUUAUGAUCAGGAAAGGGGAAGUCAACCACUUGGUGUACUUCCGUUCUCUUUUUAGUCAAUUUCUGAUUAACAUGUACGCCAAAAUAGAGACAGAAAGGUUGAACUACAUUAGGAACAACCAGGCGCAGCUGAGGGCAGACAGCUACAUUCACCUGAGGGACGUCGUGGGAAGGCAGGAUGCUGACGUUGCUCAGCUGGGUCAAAUGGUGGUGCUUCCGUCAUCUUUCACUGAAGGACCUCGCUACAUGCAUGAGCGGACUCAAGACGCUAUGACAUACGUCCGCUAUCAUGGCCGUCCUGAUCUGUUCAUCACUUUUACCUGUAACCCAAAGUGGAAGGAUAUAACAGAUGCACUAUUGCCUGGGCAAAAAUCUCACGAUCGUCACGACAUUAUAGCUAGGGUAUUUCAUCUUAAGGUGAAGAAGAUGAUGGCACUCUUGAAUAAGGGUAGUCUGUUUGGAAAAGUGUGUUGCUUUAUGUACUCUGUGGAGUGGCAAAAGCGAGGUCUGCUUUACAUCCACAUCUUGCUGUGGCUAGAGCAGCAGCGCAUCUUCCCUGACAUGAUCGACAAAGUCAUAUGUGCCAAAAUACCUGAUCCUGUGCAAGACUCUCUUCUCCACAACAUCGUCAAGGCCAACAUGAUUAAUGAUACCUGCGGAGGCUUGAACCACAAUUCGCCUUGCAUGAAAGAAGGCAGGUGCAGCAAGAGGUAUCCUCGAAUACUUCUCAAUGACACUCAGACAGGAGAUAAUGGAUACCCGCUGUAUCAGAGAAGGUCUCCAGCUGAUGGUGGCUUCACUGUCGAAAUCAAUGGAAUAGAGCUGGACAAUUGCUGGGUGGUGCCGUACAACCUUGUACUGUUACGUAGUUUCAAUGCUCAUGUCAAUGUGGAAUUAUGCAGUUCUGUUAAGUCCAUCAAGUACAUUUGCAAAUACGUAAACAAGGGAAGUGACCAGGCGGUUUUUGCUCUGGAGAGUGAGAAGGAUGAAGUGAAGUUGUACGAGAGUGGGCGAUACAUCAGCAGCUCAGAGGCGAUUUGGAGAAUCUUAGCGUUCCCUAUUCAUAAAAGGUACCCCACUGUCUUCCAUCUCGCUGUUCACCUUGAAAAUGGUCAGCGUGUGUAUUUCAACUCUAAGAACUUGGCUGAGAGGCUCAAUAACCCACCUCAGCAAAACUGA